AUGUUCUUCUCGAUGCAAAGCUCCACGCAGCCGCAAACAUCUGGCUCAAUGUCGCUCCCACUCCCAGCCACCACACGCACCUCUCCCUCCACUACUACUAGCCCCAUCGACGACUUCUUCGGCAGCACACGCGGAAGCAGGCAUGACCGCCGCUUCUCUGUCUCUUCCAACAAGGAAGACGACCUCCCAUCGUACUCGGACGUCGAGGCUCUCGCUCCUCCGUCAUACUCUCAAAGAGGGCACAAAGAGCCUGUCACUCUCGCCAUGUAUCUAUUUAAAUUUGGAUUUUUGUUCCCGCCAUUCUGGAUACUCGGAGCUCUUAUCCUUGUAUCAGACCUGCGUUCCCCGGACGCAGAAGAGACCUCGCUCCCAUCAUCGAACGGCGUUGAAGCCGAGCACCUCUCUUGGCUCCCGGACAAGACCCCCGCCGAGCGAGCAGCUAUCGUCCAACAGAUCCGCAAUGCGGAGGUGAAGUGGGCAAAGAGAUGUCUUGCAGCACUUGGAAUCCUGUGUGCGCUUGGUUUGGCUGCUGGCCUCGCCAUCGGGUUCGCCUUGAAGCAAUGA